UUGCCCAUCGAUUUACGAAUUUGUUUCUUUGUCCAAACUCCGUAGAUCUCUAAUCGAAAGUGGACGUCUUGAAGAUUUCCCAGUCUUUAGCUUGUGAAAAGGUUUCAAAUUCCGUAAUCUCUCAUCUAGGGUUUCGGUUAGAUAUUCUCUUUCUUUCUUUCUUUGAGCUCGAUUUUAUUCAGAGAUGGAUAAAGAUAAGCCAUCUAAUCAUGGCGGAAGUUUGUUACCUCCAUCAGGGAGGUAUUCUCUUCAUUCAUCUCAUGGAACUGGUUAUAGCGUCAAAUCGGAGCUAUCUCCAUCUCCAUCUUCUGCAUUACCUCCUUUAUCACGUAACGGUGUUUCAGACUCAGGUUUCAACCAUGGAAAGUCUUUGGAUGUUAAGCGCUUUAGUCAUGAUAUUAGUCAAAUGCCUGAUAACCCACCAAAGAAAUUGGGUCAUAGACGUGCUCAUUCAGAAAUUCUUACCCUUCCAGAUGAUUUGAGUUUCGAUUACGAUCUUGGCAUUGUUGGUGGAUUUGAAGGGCCUUCUAUGUCUGAUGAGACUGAUGAAGAUAUGUUGUCAAUGUAUCUUGAGUUGGAUAAAUUCAAUUCUUCAUCUGCAACAUCAUCAGGUAUUCAAGCUGGUGAAUCAUCUUCUGCUAUGGUGGAUUGGCCAUCUUUACCAACUCCAACCUCUUCUGCUAUGGUGGAUUGGCCAUCUUUGUCAAUUCCAAUCUCUUCUGCUACUGCCACUGCCACUGCCUUCAAUGAAAGGCCAAGGAUUAGACAUCAGCAUAGCCAGUCUAUGGAUGGUCUAAGUACAAUUAAUCCAGAGAUGCUCAUGUCAAACACAGAAGAAUCAUCUGCAGCUGAUGCCAAGAAAGCCAUGUCUGCUACGAAGCUUGCCGAACUUGCUCUGGUGGAUCCAAAGCGAGCUAAGAGGAUCUGGGCAAAUCGACAAUCAGCUGCCAGAUCCAAGGAAAGGAAGAUGAGGUAUAUUGGUGAGCUUGAACGGAAAGUUCUAACCCUGCAAACAGAAGCAACUUCAUUGUCUACUCAAUUAACCCUGUUGCAAAGAGAUACAAGUGGUCUGACUGUUGAAAACAAUGAACUGAAACUUCGGUUACAGGCAAAGGAGCAACAAGUCCAUUUGCAGGAUGCUCUAAAUGAUGCAAUAAAGGAGGAAAUCCAGCACUUGAAAGUUGUAACAGGACAAGCUAUUCAAAACGUUGGACCAAUGACGAACUUUCCAUUGUCUUUUGGAUCUGGGCAGCAAUUUUAUGGCAACAGUCAUGCUAUGCACACUCAUUUAACUGCCCAGAAAUUUCAGCAACUCCAAAUCCAAUCACAGAAGCUGCAACAACAACAACAACAACAACAACAUCAUCAUCAUUUAAACCAGAUUCAGCAUCAGCAGCUUCAACCUCAAACAAGGGCCUCCUCGUCCUCUGUGCCUUCACCAGAUCAAAAGGAAUCUUCAUUAGACGCAAAAUCUUCAUCAUCUGUGAAGGAAUAGAUUCAUGAUAUUAUUAUCAGUUUGUGUGUGUUCUUGGAGGUAAUCCCGAAUCCUCAGUUCAAAUCACCUGUAAGAUAGUCUUUGGCAUCUAUUCUUUUAUGUAUGAGACUAUGUAUUCUUCUUGUAGUAGGGCUUAUGCAAUAUGUUACCUUAUUUCAGAACAUAGAUGGAGAUUGAUUUAUUCAUUUGUAGACAAAAAAAAGUGGUUUUAUUUGGAUUUUGGUUGAAGGAGAUAUAAUUUUAUUCUAUUUGUUGAA